AGUUCAUCCCGUAAUUCGCUCGUCCAGCUUUUAACUUUUUUUCAAAGGGAACACGUGGCUCGCGAUCAAAUGUGUUUUUUCUUUAGAGAUGUUAAGUGGUUUUUCCGGCGCGAGCGGAAAUUAACUGGUGGUUUUUAUAAUUACUGCUGAACAUUAUGCAAACUAGGAAAAUGUUUUGAAAAAUUCUAAUAAGGUGUCUGUAUUUAUACCCAUUAACUUUAACCAGAAGAAAGAGUUGAUAACUAACUUUCGUCAAACCCCAAAAACGUAAAAUUGCCCACCGUGGAUGUUUUAUUUAAGACGUCAUAAGACCAUUCAACUUGGAUCUUUCAGAGACGCUGUAAUUGUAAACAUAUACUGCUCUGGAGCUCGUCAGCACGCGAACAAAGGCCGGGAACAGAGGUAAUGUAGUUGACGGACGCUGCCCUGAGAUCUUUCUGGUUGUUCAGCGUUCUCGCCUCCUUGUUUUCACUUUGUGGUAGUCUGGAAUCCAAAUUUUUAGCAAGAAAUCUGUGAAAGGUUUAUUUACUAGCUAAACUGUAUUCAUGGAUUAUAACUUACAAUGGCUCAGAUACAUUAGAGACCUUUCCAGGCAACUUAAGUUCAAACGGCACUAACUCAGUAACAUAGCUGGCUUAUUAAAUUUCCAGGCUUAGGGCUGUUGACAGACUAACGCUUUUCGACUGACUGAUUCGGUGAGUAACGCAAAAUAGGAAAUUCGCAAGAACUCCGAAACGCAAAAAGAUUUUGGAAUUUUUGUCUUGAGAUACAGAAAGGGCUGGCAAUAUUUUAUAUGUUCGUCAAAUAUGUUCAUUUUGGAAAAAUAAUUGACCCGCAAAACUAUUCCGUGCGCGGUGGCGUUACGCUACCAAAAAACUUAAUAAAUUAAGAAAGGUUAAUCAGAAACUCUUCACAAGAGACCGGAUGCGAUUUCUGUUGUUUAGGUACCGGGAUAGCAUAUCCAGGUUUUUCUUUUUUUUAAAAAAAUACUUGAAUGUUCGACUCUUUUAAACCGGCUGUUAAAAACCGGGGCCCGAACAGAGACGCUUAUUUUAUUAACUCAAGGCAUUCUCAGGUGUCAUGGCUAAGUGUUUUAAAAGCAACAAAGGCGAGAAAGCCCUUAGAGUACAUGACGAAAAUCACGAACCGACGUGCCGUCCCGAUAGCUUGUGGUCGUGGUUGGUGUGUGCAGCCUCAGCGAUGUCAGUUGUCAUCAUCAUGGGAAUCAUAUACAGCUUUGGGUUGCUGCUUCCUACACUGAUGGAAACCUUUGACGAAACAAGGCAGACGACAGCAUGGAUUGGCUCUUUGUACCACGCCAGUGGUUGUCUACUCAGUCCUCUAGGUGCGUAUUUCAACGAACGUUUCAGCUACAGGUUCACCGCCAUUCUGGGUUCAAUCUUGGGAAUAAUUGGCUUCUUCCUUGCGUCGCUGUCGUCAAAACUCUGGAUGAUGUACUUAACAUAUGGUGUUUUGUCAGGCAUCGGGCAUGUGAUGAUUUUCAAUUGCUCUUAUUUGAUCGUCCUGCAGUAUUUUGUCAAAUGGCGCUCAGUGGCUGUUGGCAUUGUAGCAUCGGCACCGGCGAUCGGCAUGUUUGCAAUGACUCAAGUAACGCAGUCGAUACUCGCUAAGUUUGGAUGGCAGGGGGCACUACUGGGAUUUGGUCUUUUGCAUGUUGUUGCGGCUUUGUGUUCAACCGUGUUUGUACCUCUGGAGAACAAGAAGGAGAAACGUAACAACGACAACACAGUUGGAGAAAUAAAGUAUCAACAAAAAACAACAACAGACGAUGUGCCUCUUUACAAGAAUCACUCCUUCUUGAUCAUGCUGUCUUCAUUUGUUGUUGUUAUGUUCGCCUACUAUGUUCCUACGGUCCAUAUAGUCAAACAUUGUGAGCAAGAACUUCAUAUUUCCGAAAGCAAAGCCGCCAUGCUUUACACGUACAUGGCCAUAGCAUCCGUCGUAAGUCGUAACGCAUUCUGCAAACUUGGAGACUUUAGAUACUUCAAAAGAUUCCAUCUUUACCAAGCCGGCAUGACCGUCAGUGGAUUGUGUGUCAUUUGCCUUCCAUCAGCCAGAUCAUUCACCUCUGUUGUAGCCAUUUUCAUAGUCUUUGGACUCAUGGAAGGAGCUUACCACGGACAAUUUUCCCUGCUCGUGUUGGAGUGUUGUGGAAAACACAAAGUCAAUCAAGCGUGGGGUUACAUACCGAUUUUUACUGGUGUGAGCACUGGCCUCGGAUCUCCAAUGGCUGGUUUGUUGGCGGACAUGCUUGGUUCGUACACCGUUGCCUUUUACACCGCGGGCGCAAUACUGAUAGUUGGAGCUUCGAUUACAUCACUUAUGGCGUUUGUAAAACGACAACCUGAAGAUGCUGAAGAAACGCUAUCUUACGGCGAAAAGCUUCUGGUUACCGAGAAAAUUACAGUGGUUUGAACUUAGCGUUACUUCGCUUAGCAACCGGCCUAAUGCAGCUAUAAUAUUUCUAUGUUUUUUUCCAUAUCGCUCGGUUUGAUGCGCGAGACGAUCAAUGGGGAACAACAGCCCGCUAACCGGGAUUAGUAAGAUUACUAGAAACUAGUUGGUAUAUGUGAUUAAGAUUAUUUGUGUCAGUCAGGAUCAAAAAAAAAAGGGCCCUAAGGUGUCAUGUUAGGGUAAAGGUCCUGUUAGGUAAAAACUAGACCCCAAAAAUUUCUAACGACGCAAAUCGUAGCCCCAAAAGUCCAUCUUUUUCCUUUGUGCCAAAUUCCUAUAUUAUUUUUUAUUCAUUAAAUAAAUAAAUAUUUUUGAAGGUGGGGAGCAGCAUGUGUUUGUUCAGGGAAACAAUUAAAGUAAUACUUUAGAACCACGAGCUUUCGAUUUUUGUCAAUCGCAAGAAAAAAGUAAAAGGUAAAGUCUGGGACCCAUCAGAUCGGCGCUUAUCUCCGGUUUCAUUAGCAGGAAGGGACUAGGCGUAUUUCUACUCCUCCCUGAAUGGAAUGCUAGUCCAUCUAUCAUAGCAUGGUUAUCUACCAGCAUUUAAUUUCGCCGGUGUUCAUUUGUUCACCUGGGUGGAGAGAGACACUGUGAGAGUAAAAGUGUCUUGCCCAAGAACACAACCCGACAUAGCUUGGAGUCUAACCCGAACCGCUCGAUCCGGAGGCGAGUACACCAUAACCAUGUGGCCACUGCACCUCCACAACCCUUAAAAAAGCCUUUUUAAUACUAAAAUAUUAUGAUCUGAUCCCAGAAUGUGAUCCCUUGUUGCAUUAGGUGACUCAUAGAAUUGCAAUCAAACUUCAACUUAUAUGUAAGUCUCGCUUGUCACCACUGCCACAGGGAUCCCAUGAGACUUUCAGAAGUUGUCUGCGUAAGGACGGAUAAGGCAAAUUUCGAACCCUCAC